AUGGCGUUGCUGUCGAUUGCUUCACUGAUUUCUUUCUUCUCAGAAGAAAAGAAGUCUAUCAGAAAAGGAGAAAACCACUACCAAUCGGAUCAUGUGGAGUCACUUUCGUAUCAACAAGCUGUUUUACGUGGGGAAGUGCAUGCAAGCAUGAAAAAGAAGGUCUAUAAAGUCACGGUGAGUUAACUCAAGCUAAGCUAACAUCUUCUAUUAAAAGCACUCAACAGAGCUCAAGAUUUAAUCCGAUUUACAGUUCUGUUUUAGGUAGUUUUGUUUGGUUCUUUCACUUCUUUGAACGAUUAGAGAUGGUAAAGGCGAUCUUAGCCGCCUAAUUCCAACUUACCAUAUUUUUAAACGUAACGGCUACCAAACAAAAAUUUUUGUAGUGAUUUGUUUACUUCAUAGCGUGGUUUUAACGCAGCACAUUGUUGUUAUCAUUUGGGACCACCUGAAUCCAAUUUGUUGGUGUGAUGUUAUUUUGUUGUUUUCUUUUCCUAGAUUUACUUGCAUGAGCAACACGAAAUUAAGUCGACUGGGUGUGAAUACCCAAGAGGAGCAUUUAAGUGUAGCCAUGCAGCUGCACUCUUUAUACACGGCAUCCAUAAUCUAAGCAGAACUGACGUUGAGUGUCAGUGGAGGAAAAGGAAGUUGAACACAUCACUCUCAGCUCAAGCUGUGGCAGAAAUGUUCCCUUCACCUAAGAAGUACACUGCCUUGGGAAGAAAGCCAGUACAGGUUGACAGAGCACAGCUGUAUGAAGACCUUAAACAAUAAGGAAGGUUUACAAGCCUUUGCUGGCUGCUCAGCCCAGAACCACCUGCUUUUAAUGAACUACCAAUUCCAACAAUAGAGGAUAUAAUAUUUUCAGAAGAGUUUCUCCAAACCAGAGGGCUUCAACAACAACUGGACUGUUUAGCUCAACAAUUCAGAAUACUUGAAGAAGAUAUAUUGAAAAUCAGUAGGAUCACUGUUGGCCAGCAUGACAAUCCUGCCUGGCAUUUGGCAAGGAGGGGCCGUCUUACUGCCAGCAACUUUGGUAGUGUUCUGAAAGCCAAACGAGUUACUCCCUCACUUCUGAAAGGCCUUCUUGGAGAAUGUGACCUCUCAAGAGUGAAAGCAGUACAAUGGGGAGUUAACAAUGAAGAGGAAGCUAUCAAGGCCUUCACCUUGAAGACAGGGAAAACAGUUAAAGAAACUGGAAUCUGGUUUCAUUCCUCUGAUAUCCUUGGUGCUUCCCCUGAUCGGAUUGUUGACCAUGAAACUGCUCUUGAGGCCAAGUGCCCGUACACUGAAAGAAACCUAAUCAUAGAUCAGGCUGUACAAUCUUCAGCAACAUUUUGCCUCGAUAAAUCUGACAGUGGAGUAGGCUAAUUCAUAAGAUACCAAAUAGUUUUGGGGAUAAUGAUGUACUUUCUAAGGUUGGCUGGAUGCCUUUAGAGUAUUUUUUAUAAGCUACGUAUCUUAACUAUUACAUAUAAUGCUUAUUAUAAUUUAGGGUUGCAGGGAAAUUAAUUGUUUGGUGACCAAGAACUCUAACAGUUAUAACCUAAGGAAAUCCCUGAAUGUUGUACUUAAUAGGCCCAAAACCGAAUUGGGUCGUAGGUCCUUUGCUCAUAGAUCUGCAGUAGCAUGGAAUGCACUUCCCGAUAAUGUUAAAGAUUCUCCAAAUUUAUCUAUUUUUAAAUAUAACUUAAAACAAUCCAAGCAAACUGUUAUGAAUAUUAAUUUUGAAAAGGGAGGUAAUGUUAUACAAAACAUGAAACCAAAUUUUCACUAUUACUAAAACUUUAUGGUUUACUUGAUUUAUUCAACUUAUAAAUUUUAUCAUAUCUGUAUUUUAUAUAAUUAUAGACUAAUUAGUUUAGGCAGGUCCACAUCAGCUGUAAAGUUGCGCAAAUUUUAACCUGCGUUAUCAAAUAAAGUUAUGUAUGUAUGUAUGUAUGUAUCUUGCAGCUUCUAUCUUAUAAAAAUUUCUAAUUAAGAAGACAGUUCUCUAUCUGCCUGUUUUAACACUGCAGGGUGACCAUUAAGUAUCAACAACCACACCAAAAGCUCUCACAACUGAUUUCCGUCAUUGAGUCAAAUGUUGGCUCGUGGCUUCUAGGGAACCGAUUUUGAAGUUGGAGUACAAGAAAAAGGAGUCUAAAAAUCAGUAAGAUUUAUAUAAGUUUAAUCAGUUUCAUAACAAAGAUGGCGGUAGAGUAUGUAUUGAAGAAGGAGCAUGUUUAAUGGCACCGGGUCCUGGGAGAAAUGUACUUUUAUCAGCGAAAAUUUUGUUAUUGUGCUGUGUGGACCACAAAGGAUGUAGCUGUUUUAAAAAUAGAAAGGGAUGAAUCCUGGGCCGCAAACAUCCCACUUUUAACACAAUUUUAUUUUAAUUAUAUUUUCCCCAAAAUAGUUGCAGGAGAAUUGUAG